AGCAAAGCCAAGUUAACUUCCUCCCUUCACUUUUCUUUUUCUUUUGGAAUCUUGUAAUGGACACUGCUGUCUAUUGCCCAUCCUACGCACCUUUCUUCGGGUUCGCCGGUGUAUUUGCCUCGAUGGCAUUUAGCUCCCUUGGAGCUGCUUAUGGUACCUCGAGAGCAGGUAUUGGAAUUGCCGGUAUUGGUCCAUUCCGCCCUGAACUUGUGAUGAAGUCUUUGAUUCCCGUAGUUAUGAGUGGUAUUAUUGCCGUUUACGGUCUGGUUGUUGCUGUAUUGUUGGCAGGUCAAAUGUCACCCACCGCCGGUUAUUCUCUCUUCUCUGGUUUCGUUGCAUUGGGUGCAGGUCUCUCAGUUGGUGUGGGUGGUCUGGCUGCUGGCUAUGCUAUUGGUGUAGUUGGUGACUACUGUGUUCGUGGUUAUGCGAGAGAGAACAGAGUCUUUGUGACAAUGGUUCUCAUCCUUAUUUUUGCCGAAGUUCUGGGUCUUUAUGGUCUAAUUGUAGCUCUUAUUUUGAACGCAAAGGCAGACAACACCCUUUGUACUCUGUAAAAAACACACACAACCAAACAACAAGGAGUGAAAACAACGAGUCAUUUUAUAUCCAAUCCAGAAAAUAAGAAAGAGGGGCUCUGCUAUAGCCAAACAUAACUCGAAUAUGACUGAGAAUCU